CCAGCCCGCCCGUCAGCAGCCUCAUCCUCAAUCCCUAUCUACCUUAGGUAAGUACUUACUUACACUACGCGGAGUCAAGGCCACCAAGCAACCUGUCGUCUCGCCCACACCAGACAGACAGACAGACAGACAGGCAGACAGACAAAAAGCCAUGGCGUCUGCCGAGGUCAAGGCCAAGCGGCCGCAGAUGGGCCACGCCGGCCGCCGCACCAGCUCCUUCCUGCGCGAGCACCAGCAGUCCCGCCCCCAAAAGCAGCUCGACUCCAGCAGCCACUUUGGCAUCGACACGGUCGUCGAGGACCUCCAGGCCGCCCGCCUCUCGCCCCAGCAAAACCCCUUCACCGGCGUCCCCGGCCGCGACCAGCCCCCGCGCAUCGUCGAGGGCGUCAUCCACGACUUCUCCCACCCAGACUGCUGCCCUCCCCGCGGCCAGCGCUCAAACCGCCUCAUCGCCACCCUCAUCUACAAGGCCGCUGCCGCUGCCAGCAACUCUCUCGCUCCCUCCCCGCGUCUCACAACCUCGACCUCGGACACGACCUCCAUCCCCGCCAACCUCGCCCCGACCACAGACAUCGACGCCUUCCCCCUAGAGCCCCCCGCCGCCUCCGACCCAGAGCCCCUCGACCACCUCUACGGCUCCUACAUUUCGCCCCUAUGCAUCACCUCCUUCCUCCACCUCAUGUCCUCCUUCCCCUUGCCUCCAGGGGAGGAGGACCUGACCUCGUCCCACCGCUGCCUCGACGACCCAGACCACCCCUUCGUCGUCGAGCUCACCCUCUCGCACGCCCCUUCCGACGAGUUCCUCCAGCUCGAGGACCUGCGCAAGCAUGAGCUCAUCUACCGCUUCGAGCGCGAGUGGAACGUCGACGUCGUCCUGCAAAAGGACACCCCCUGGCGCAGGCACCCGCGCCUCGUCGUCUUCGACAUGGACAGCACCCUCAUCACCCAGGAGGUCAUUGACCUGCUCGCCGCCAACAUAUCGGACCCGCCAGACCUCGCCGCUAAAGUCGCCGACAUCACCCACCGUGCCAUGCUCGGCGAGCUCGAGUUCGACGCCGCCUUCCGCGAGCGCGUAGCCCUCCUCAAGGGCCUCCCCGCCACCUUCUUCGAGCAGCUCCGCCCCGUACUCGACGUGACCAAGGGCGUGCCCCAGCUGCUCAAGGCCCUGCGCCGGCUCGGCGUCAAGACGGCCGUGCUGUCCGGCGGCUUCCUCCCGCUGACCAGCUGGCUCGCGGCCGAGCUCGGCAUCGACCACGCCCACGCCAACGAGGUCGUCAUCGACGAGGCCACCGGCAAGCUCACCGGCGAGGUCAAGGGCACCAUUGUCGGCAAGGAGCGCAAGCGCGAGCUCCUCCUGCAGAUCGCCGCCCAGGAGAAGGUCGACCUCAGCCAGGUCGUCGCCGUCGGCGACGGCGCCAACGACCUCGCCAUGCUGGCCACCGCGGGCCUCGGCGUCGCCUGGAACGCCAAGCCCCGCGUCCAGAUGGAGGCCAGUGCCCGGCUCAACGGCGAGUCCCUCCUCGACUUGCUCUACCUCUUUGGCUUCACCAGCGAGGAGGUCGACAUGCUUACAGCGUAGGCGUGUCUCAAUGCAGCCGCGCUGCUGGAAAUGUCGAAGAAGUGUGUUUGUGUCGUUCUCCUGUAUGGGGCGGCAUUUGGGACAAGGUGGUUUCGGCGUUGGGAGGAGCAUAUUCAUAGUCAGCCGCCCCG